GUGAGACGUACGAAUGAAGCGGGUCGGUUGUAGCGCGUUCAAAUUUCGUAGCGUACAUAAAAUUCUAUUUAUUUUAAAAUGCUCAUUGUUGAUCAGUUGAUGCAGUCGAUAGGACAUUGCUAGUGUUUCGUCUUCAAGAAAAGCAAAAAAAAAAAAGUUAUUUCUCUUACGGCUAAAGUGUUCAAUGGGAAGGAUUGUGUGUCGCCGUUUCAAUUAGUGAUUCGAGUUAAUAGGUUUUAAAACGAUUUUUCUCCUCUCGAAUUCAAAGAAAAUUUAAUUAAAUGAAUCAAAGUUGCGUGAGUGAUACUUUGAAAUUUAUAAAUUGGCCAAAACAUUUGUGAACUAUUUUUUUUUGUGCUCCGCUCAUUUUGUGGGGAAUCGCUGUUUUGCUAAUUGCUGUUAAUUAUUUUGAACUAUUUAUCUCGAUUUGUGCGAGUGAACGGACAAUUUUGAACAAGUCAUUGACACUCCGGCUUACGCAUCAAUUUCAAUUCAUUGCCAGACCCUAGUUUUUUUCCACAGCGACUUGAAAGCAAAUUACCAAUAUCACCGAAUGACGAAAAUUUAUUGAAGAGAAUCAAAGGAAGAGAAAAAAAAUACCGUGAAGAACGCUCUAAUGACCAGAGAGUGACUUUUCAAAAAAAUUGAUUUUUAUUAGCACCUCUAAGGUUCUAUUUAUCAAUUUUUUUUGAGACAUAACGAUCAAAAAUGCAAUAUUCUUCGGAUGAAAUUAGCGUCGAUAGCGACCAUCUAAGAAGCGAUGGUGCGCGCGGUUUGAAAUAUUUACCACAUUGGCCAGCUGUAAAUAUUGAUUUUCAAGAUUUGGUAUACACCGUUCCGGAUAUUAGCGGAAACAAAGUAAUUUUGCGAGGUGUUAGCGGUAAAUUCAAAUCAAAUCAACUAACAGCGAUUCUUGGACCGUCGGGUGCAGGAAAAUCGACGCUACUCAACGUUUUGGCUGGAUAUAAAGUUUCAGAUGCAACUGGUUCAGUUUUCGUAAAUGGGCUACCACGCGAUAUGCGAGUAUUCCGGAAAAUGUCAAGAUAUAUUAUGCAACAAGAUUUAUUUCAACCAAUGCUAACCAUACGAGAGGCCAUGAAGGUUGCAGCCGAUCUAAAACUUGGACACGAUUUGACUAAUGCUGAAAAAUUUGAAUUGAUUGACGAAAUUCUUGACUUGCUAAGGUUAACCAAAGCAGCAAAUACCAUGGGUCACUUAUUAUCGGGCGGUGAAUUAAAACGUUUGUCAAUUGCUUUGGAGCUAGUAAACAACCCUCCGGUACUUUUCCUGGAUGAGCCUACAACUGGAUUGGAUGAUUUAUCAUGCUCACAAUGUGUGUCAUUAUUACGACGUAUAGCGCACGGCGGCCGCACCGUCAUUUGUUCGGUGCAUACGCCAUCAGCGAAAAUUUUCGAAAUGUUUGAUCAUGUUUACAUAUUGGCGAAUGGACAAUGUGUAUACCAGGGUCAAGGUGCAUCUUUAAUUCCAUACACACAAAGUAUCGGUCUUAAUUGUCCGGUGACGUACAAUCCAGCCGAUUUCAUGAUUGAUGUUGCAACUGGUGAAUAUGGUCAUGAGUACAUUGACAAAAUGAUCUCCGCAGUUGAUAAUGGUAGAUGUUUAAAUUGGACACCAUAUGAUGCCAUCACAGAGAAUAGUCAGAGAAAUGAAAAGAUUUCGGAACCAUGCUUCGAUGAACUUAUAGAAGAAAUCGAUCCAAAGCAUUUACGGGCAAGAUCAUCAAAUUGGGAACAAUUUUGCACACUGUACAAACGAAGGACUGUACAAAUGUGGAGAGAUUCCAGUUACAUCAAGCUUCGAAUUUACAUGAUUUUCUUCCUCGGUCUUAUCGUCGGCGGAAUUUAUCAGGGAGUUGGCAAUGAUGCAACAAAAGCAUUGUUUAAUUUUGGCUUUUGUUUUACCGUAACUAUUGCAUUCAUGUACAUUCCUUUGAUGCCGGUUUUGCUACAGCUGCCCAUGGAAAUACAGCUGCUGAAGCGAGAACAUUUCAAUCGAUGGUUUAGAAUCGGACCGUAUUAUUUGGCGAUGACAGCCGCAAAAUUGCCAAUGCAGAUCGGUUUAGCAUUUGCAUAUAUCACCAUGAUUUACCUCAUGUCCGACCAGCCUUUGGAAUACAAUCGCAUGGCAAUGUUUUACUCAAUUGCUAUACUAAUCGCACUCACAUCAGAAAGCUUGGGUGUUUUGAUUUCAUCGAGAUUGAGUUUGAUUAAUGGAAUGUUCGUGGGGCCAAUUGUAACGGUGCCUUUAAUGUUAUUGGCUGUUUACGGUAUUGGAUAUGGGCGUGAGAUUGAAAUAUCACCGUACAUUCGAGUUAUGAUGUCAUUCAGCUACUUGAGAUACGGACUGGAGGGUUUAAUUGACGCAAUGUAUGGCUAUGAUCGCGGUGACACAAUCUGUCCCGAUGGUGAAGUCUAUUGCAUGUUUGCCAAAGCGAAAUUCUUAAAAAUGGUGCUUGGUUUCGAAGAUGUUAACUUUUAUUUGUCAAUGGUCGCACUUGUCUUGUACUACUUUUUGUUUACAGUUACAGCAUUUUAUAUGAUCAAAAUUCGUAUAUCUACAACUCACAAAAAUAAUAUCGCUGUUCAGUAUUUGGGACGAUUUGUUAAAACACAUUUAAAUUUUGCCGCAUACAAAUAUUAAGUUAAGUUGUUGCAUUCGAAGGAUAUACAAAAACAAAAAUGUGAAAUAGAUUUAGAAGAAGAUUACUAAUUUAAGAUUUAGAUUAUUAAAAUCAUUUUAUAUUAACCGAUUGGACUGCUCGAAUUCUGUGACGAAUGUUAACUUCACAUUGUUAAGUUUACUUCUUAUAAGAAGUUUUAAGAUAUUGUAUUUUUACAAAGAGUUUUGUUAACAAUAAAUUUGUGUAUAUGAGAAA